GAUUACCUGUUUUUUAAAGAGUGUGUUUUGGGAACUAAUACAUUCUUUCGUGUGUUUUUGUCCAGAUGGAUCUGUGUUCAGUAUAUAAAGGCUAGUCUGAAAAACUAGCAUUUUAGCAUUAAAGCUAUUUCUCCUCUAAAUUCAGGGUUAUAGAGUGAGAGCGGGUGAUCUGUUACAAAUAAAAUACAUUAAUUUUAUUUAAAUUAAAAUAAAAAAUGAGGGCUGUAGGAAUGUAUUUGUGUUUGUACUGAUGGUUUAUUUUGCAACUAUAAAAAAGUUAGCGUAUAAAACUAUAACUGUACAAAUGUGAGAAACAGGUUAAAACAGCUGUAAAUAAAGGUGUGGAUUAACUGGAUUAACUCUUUUUAUUAAAGAGUGUUUUUGGGAACUAAUAAAUUAUUUUGUGUGUUGUGUUGUCCAGAUGGCUCUGGUUACAGUAUAUAAACACUAGUCUAAGAAAUUAUUUUGUCCAGAUGUCUUAUUUUGUAAGUAAAAAAAGGUUAGCAUAUAAAACUAUAACAGUACAAAAUGUGAGAAACAGGUUGAAAUAACUAAUAAACUGGAUUAACUGUUUUUAAACAGUGUUUUUGGGAACUAAUGCAUUUAUUGUGUAUUUUUGUCCAGACGGCUCUGUGUACAGUAUAUAAAUGCUAGUCUGAGAAAUGAGCAUUUUAGCAUUUAAGCUAUUUCUCCUCUAAAUUCAGGGUUAUAGAGUAAAAGCUGGUGAUCUGGGACAUAUAUCACAAACUUUUAUUAAACGGUGGUUUUGGGAACUAAUACAUUCUUUUGUAUGUUUUUUCCAGAUGGCUCUGAGUACAGUAUAUAAACGCUAGUCUGAGAAAUUAGCAUUUUAGCAUUAAAGCUAUUUUUUUGUCUAUCUUCAGGGUUAUAUAGUGAUCUGUGAGGGUGAUCUGCGCCGCCUGCAGUCGGUUGGAGUUUAGUAAAGCCGAGCGAUUAGAGCGGAGAGUUUCCGAACGCAGUUUUUUGGGAGAGAAAGAAGAAAAGAGGAGAGAAGGAAGAGAGAAAGAGGAGCGGCGCUGGUUUUUAUGCUAAACCGGGCCGAGGCCGGCCUGCACUCCUCCUCCUCUCCGGCUCCGGAAGAGCAGCUUGGCCCGAGGCCUGAAGUGCACGGGGUCGUUUCAGGGCGAUCGUGAAGACUGUGUGAGGUUUGGACGGCGGCCGAGAGAGAGAUGAAGUGAGCAUCCGGCGGCUCUCCUCACACACUCGCCAGCACCAGCAAACCUGUAGCAUCCUGCCCCUGUGCCUCUCAGCGCCAACACACACUCACACACACACACACAAUAACACACACACCAGUACCACCCUACAGAGCGCCAUCAGACUGUGACAUCAGUUGCAAGGGGAUGACCGAGCGCAUUCACAACAUCAACCUUCACAACUUCAGCAAUUCUGUACUUGAGACCCUCAAUGAGCAGCGAAACCGUGGGCACUUCUGUGACGUGACCGUUCGGAUCCAUGGCAGCAUGCUGCGAGCCCACCGGUGCGUUCUGGCUGCCGGGAGCCCCUUCUUCCAGGACAAGCUGCUGCUGGGCUACAGCGACAUCGAGAUCCCGUCCGUGGUGUCCGUUCAGUCCGUCCAGAAGCUGAUCGACUUCAUGUACAGCGGCGUGCUCCGGGUGUCCCAGUCCGAGGCGCUGCAGAUUCUGACGGCAGCCAGCAUCCUGCAGAUCAAGACGGUCAUAGACGAAUGCACGCGGAUCGUCUCGCAGAAUGUCGGAAUCGCAGCUCCCGGGAGUUUCCCUGGCGUCCCCGGCGAUUCGGGACAGGAUACACCCCGCGGCACGCCCGAAUCCGGCACGUCCGGCCCCAGCAGCGACGCGGAAUCGGGAUACAUGCAAACAUCGUCCCAGCAGGGCCUGGACCGGAUGUACUCUUCGCUCUACUCCAGCUGCACGGGCUUAGGGUUGCAGAAUGGCACUCGAGGAAGUGAUCGCCCGCACUACGCCAGCGCCUCCGGGGCCACCGGCGGCUACGAUUCGGCUUUGCCGCUCCAGCAGAAGGAAGGCAGUCAAGACCCGGCUUGGAUCACUCGCAUUCACGAACGCUCUCAGCAGAUGGAGCGUUUCCUUUCGUCGUCGUCGGAGAGCACGCACUGCCGCAAGCAGCCGAGGCCCGUCCGGCUCCACACGGCCGGAGGAGACGUUCACAUCAAGCAGGAGCAGGGGGACGACUACAACUGCUACGGGCUGGACGAGUGCCGGGAAGAUGGCGAGCAGACGGAGGGCGUCGACAGCGAACCGAAGGGCGAAAGCUUUGACUCAGGCGUCAGUUCAUCCAUCGGCACCGAGGCCGACUCCGUGGAGCAGCAGCAGUACCUGUCAGGAUUUGGGCGAGACAACGGCACUCAGGGCGAGGGAGGAACACCUGUGCAGAUCGAGGUCACCGACUCGUCCCCUGAGCAAACUCAGGAGGCCAUGGAAGACAACAACGGACAGCCGCAGAACGCCGUGGGUGAAGUGGCCAUGCUCCAGCCGCCACCGCCUAACCCUACCGGGCCCCCGUCCAUACCCGGCGGCCAGCUGUACAUCCGGCCUGGAGAUACACUGGCCAGCAACCUUCGCAUGCCACUCACCCUGACCAGCAACACACAGGUCAUGGGCACCGCCGGCAACACCUAUCUGCCCACACUGUUCGCCACGCAGACGGCCAACGAGAACAAGCCUUUCCUCUUCAGUCUGCCCCAGUCCAUGAGCAGCCAGCAGCCCCAGUUCGUGGCCGUGCCGCCCCACACCCUGCCACCGUUCCCCGGCGGCCUCAGUGGCGUGCCCCCACCGUCCGGGGCCCAGCAGCAGGCGGGUGUGGGGGUGGGCCAGCAGGGCGAGAAGAAGCCCUACGCCUGCACUCUUUGCUGUAAAACCUUCACUGCCAAACAGAACUACGUUAAACACAUGUUCGUGCACACCGGUGAGAAGCCCCACCAGUGCAGCAUCUGCUGGCGCUCGUUCUCCCUGAAGGAUUACCUUAUCAAACACAUGGUCACGCACACGGGCGUUCGCGCCUACCAGUGCAGCAUCUGCAACAAGCGCUUCACCCAGAAGAGCUCGCUCAACGUCCACAUGCGCCUGCACCGCGGCGAGAAGUCCUACGAGUGCUACAUCUGCAAGAAGAAGUUCUCCCACAAGACCCUGCUGGAGCGCCACAUGGCCCUGCACAGCUCCGCCCCCGGUGUUCCCGUGGUUCCGGGGGUCACUGGGGUGGCCGGCGUGGCCGGGGUGCCCGGGGUGGCCGGCGUGCCCGGGGUCGCAGGGGUGACGGGAGGGGCUGGCGCCGGAGGCCCCGCCUCCAUCCCGGUUCCCAUGGCGGUGCCGGAGCCCGGGCCGGGCGUGGUGGCUCUGGCCAUGCCGGUCGGAGGAGGAGGCGGAGGCGGGGGCAUCGUCGGAGGCACGGGAGUGGGUGUGGCCACCGGGGUGGGCGUGGCCGCCGAAGCCAGCUGCCAGGAAGGGACCACCUACAUGUGCUCCGUGUGCCCCGUCAAGUUCGACCAAAUCGAGCACUUCAACGACCACAUGCGCAAGCAUGUCUCCGACGGAUAAGUACAAAUCCUAAAAAUCAACAAAUAAACUUCUUUUAAACGACAACGAAAAAAAAAGAAUGAAAAGAAAAUGGCACUAGUUUUUUUUUUUUUUUCCCUGAUAUUGGGGCAUGAAGAGAAAAAUGAGUAUAGACACUGGCACAUUGAGUUUCCCAGAAAAAAAGAGGCGUUUUUUUUUUCGUUUUCGUUUUUUGUUUAUUUUUUUCUUCCUUUUUUCGUCGUUGUUAUUCUUAAAGAAUAAAAAAAAAAAGAUGGUGGCCUUAAGGCUGUGUAGUUGGAUAACGAUCCACUGGUUGGAUCCAAACUACUGGCCUCUAAAUGUAUGAUUUCCUCAAAUACUGAUUUAUGUGUUGAACACUACCGAAAGGCCUGCGAAAGAUACAUAAAACACACAUACACAUACAUACACACAUACACAUACAAAAAAAAACACACACACAACUUAAAUACACAACGUAAUACACACAAACACAUAGAUAUACAAAAACUCACACACAUAUACACACACAGAAGCACAGACUACUAAAACACACUUACAUACAGUUCUAAUAGAGUUAUUUGUAUGUACCCUGUGUUUUUUGAUUGGCUGUGCUCGGUUGGCAUCUGUGUGUGCGCGUGUGUGUACGUACGUUAAAACGUGCAGAGAUAAGAUCAACAUUGCCGUGAAAUUUUAAAAGAGAAUUUACGUAAAGAAACAAACAAAAAAAAAAACACAAACACACAAAGAAUCCUGUAGACGUUUUCCCAUGUAGACCGUUUUGGACACUAUAGGCGUCCAAGCUUACUGUGGUAUACCUUUUUAACGUAAGAAAAAAAAAAUUAGCAUCUGGCUUGGGCUCUCGAUUCCUUCUAAAAGUAACGAUGGUCACAAGUUUGCCUUUUUUUCGUGUAGGAUAAGAAAAGGAGAGUUGCUCAAUUUGACACUGGGUUAUAUUUUUAUUUAUUGCUAUGGUUUUGAGGGAUAAUGAUGCAGCUGUUUGUUAAGGUACAAGUCAACUUCAAUAAUUGUACUGAAAUGUAACUUCCUGUGAGUGAGCUGAAGAAAGAUAAUUGUGUUUAUUACGAUGAUUAUUAUUAUUAUUAUUACUUUUUGUUUUUGGAAAAAAAAAAUCCCACGACUCUUUUGUUUUGUUCCAACGGCUCAAGUCGAGUUUACGAGUUUGUUAUAGUUUGUUUGUUUUUAAUAAGAGACAGUAUUCCAGCAAAAACCUUAAAAUUUUUCACUUUUUUCAGAUUUGUUUUGCAUACACUGCCACUAAGAAGACUGUUAUUUGACCUCUUCCACGUACAACAACGGAAAAAAAACGAGACACAAUGUGAGAUACGAAAAAACAAAAACAACACAAAAAACACACUUUCUUUUUAAUUUUUGGUUUGUUUUUAACUCUUUUUGGCUUUGAAAUUGACCUUUUCAUGGAUUUCGUCAUCUCGCACAACAUCGUUACAAUUUUUACAGUAAAACGACUUCAAUAAGGCUUCGGUAUGCAAACCCAAACCCAGCCGACAUGCUCAUGUGGGGGUCACGUAGGUGGAACAUGGGCUCUAAGUUCUCAACAUUACAACAGUGCAACUUAACACCAUAAGACUCUGAUCUAAGCCCAUGCAAUUUCAAGCAAUUUUAAAAUUGGGGCCAAUUUUAACCAAUUUCGGUACCAUUACAGACCAUGGUGGGCCUCCAUAUGUAGUCCAACAUGGAACCAAUGGACAAAACUUGUUCUAGUUCUUGGUUGGGCUUCCCAAAUUGAUCCUAUACUCACAAAAGCCCACCAUAAUCCCACAAGGCUCCUAUCUGAGCCCCAUGCAAUUCACUGUAAAACAACCCAGGUGGGGUCUAAAUUUAACCAAUUCUAGUACCAUCAAUGACCGAAUUUAUUUAUUGGACCCAGUUAGGCUUCACAAAUGAGCACACCGUAAUACCACAAGGCUCCAAUCUAAGACCCAUGCAAUUCACUGUAAAACAACCCAGAUGGGGUCGAAAUUUAACCAAUUCUAGUACCAUCACUGGCUUUGUGAGCAUCCAUAUAUGGGCCAACUAGGAACCAGUAAAACAAACGUUCUGGUUCACAGAUGGGCUACCCAAAUUAAAAACAGCCCAUAGUAACACCACAAGGCUCCGAUCUAGACCCCAUGCAAUUUAAUGUAAAACAACCCAAAAAGGGCCCAUGUUUGAUCCAUCCCAUAUCAUUGAACCUUCAUACAUGGAACCAAUGGACAAAACUUGGGCUUCCCAAAUUGGUCCUAUACUUAAACAAAAAGUCCACCAUAAUUCCACAAGGCUUCGAUCUAAGCCCGAUGCAACAACCAAACUCCUACUCCUAUCACUGAACCUGAUAGGGCCCUUUAAUGGCCUUAGUGGGCCCCCAUAUGUAGACCAACUUGAAACCAGUUGACAAAAUUUGGGCUCCCUAAAUUGUAAUUCCACAAGGCUCCAAUGUGAACGCCAUACAAUUCAGUGCACAACAACCCAAAUAGAGCCCAUGUUUGACCCAUCCCAGUCCUACCACUGAACCCGAUGAGGCCCAUCAAUGUGGGUCUCCAUAUGUGGGCUAAAACAUGGUAAAAUUUCUUUGUUGGAUCCAGUUGGGCUUCCUAAAUGGGUCCUAUCAUUACAACAGCACACCACAAGGCUCCAUUCUAGGCCCCAUACAAUUUAAAGGACAACAUCCCAACUCCUACUUUUAUCACUGAACCUGAUUGGGCCCAUCAUUGACCCUGGUUGACAUCCAUAUGUGGGCUAACUUGGAACCAAUUGACAAAACUUGGGCUUCCCAAAUUGGUCCUUUACAUAUAACAGUCCACCGUAAUACCACAAGGGCCAUCAGUGACCCUAGUGCGUCUCAAUAUGUCUCAAAAUUUCUUUGUUGGACCCAAUUGGGCUUCCCAAAUCAGUCCCAACAGCCUACCGUAAUACCAAAAGGCUUCAAUCUAAGACCAAUGCAAUUCAAUGCACAUCAACCAAAUUCCUACUACUCUCACUGAACCUGAUAAGAGCCCAUCGUUGACUCUAGUGGGCCUCAAUAUGUGGGCUAACUUGGAACCAAUAGACAAAAUUUGGGCUUUCCAAUUUGGUCCUAUACCUACAAAGGGCCAACAAUGACCCUUGUGGGUCUGAAAAUGUCUCAAAAUUUCUUUGUUGGACACAAUUGGGCUUCCCAAAUCAGUCUCAUCAUUACAACAGCCCACUGUAAUCCCACAAGGCUCCGUUCUAGGCCCCAUACAAAUCCUAAACCUGAUGGGUCUCAUCAGUGACAUUCAUAUGAACUCAUGAACAAAAUGUUCUGAGGUUGGACUCGUGCAGGCCCCGCCCACAUGAGCAUGUAAUCUGGGCCCAGUCGCCGCUCCACGCACUCUCAGUUCUCUCAGUUCUCUCACAUCCAGACUGUUAUCAGCCGCAGAUUCCGACGUAAGCUGAGUUUUAUUUAUAUAAAUAUAUAUUUUUUGGGAACGCAGCGUCUCACCGCUCGGCGAGGGCGGUGGAUGUUCGGCUAGUCGGGGCUUGCUGGUGACAGCUGUGAGCUGGAUUAGGCGGAGAGCGAUUUAGCGAACUGGACAGAAAUGACCUCCUAAAGGCCUCGGAGAAAAAAAAAAGGAGAAAAAAAGGAAAAUAAAAGCCGCUCUGUGUUUCCUGUUGGCGACGUCCAACCGUGACUCAGCUGUUUGGGCGGGUGGGGCGAAUAAAAUGCACUACUACUUCUGAUCUCUAAGCCCCACCUAGUGGCUCAAACGGCCCACCAUGCGUGUGCACGUCCCUGCCUGACAGGAAUUACAGAGGGAAUGAAAGAGAGAUAAAGAAAGGAAGGAAGGAAGAAAGAAAGAAAAGAGACACAAGAGAGAUAGAGAUUUAAAAAAAAAGGCAAAAAGGAAGCAUCCAUUAUAAUAAACCAGCCACAUAAUAAAAAAAACAACAACAAUCAUACACAAUAAUUCACAAUAUCUAAUAGAGUAAAAUACCCCGGUCUAUAUCCUCCUGCUUUACUUCAUUUAUUUUCAUUUAUUUUUUUAUAAAUAUAUAAUUUUCCUACCACAGCUUAACCAGUCUCUCCAGCACUCUCUCCAGUACAAUCAGAUACAUUCCCCAGUCUCUCGGAUAACUAGACGUCGUGUGUGUUGAGCCGAUCUCCUCUCGAGACGUGAGACGACGAGACGAGAGAGGUUGUAAUUUAAGUGUCAUGUCACUCAAAAAGCUCCGCGCUGCUGGUGUUUUGGCUUUGUCUCGUUCUCGUAUUGUUCCGGACUCAUCCGCCUGCAACUGCAAUCUGGAGAUUUUCUCUCUUUUUCUUUUUUUUUUUCUUUUAUUUUUUAUUUUAUGCUUCUAUUUUUCUUUUUUUUCUUUUUUUUUUUUAAAUCGCUCACUCCUCCUUCCAGUAGAUCCGAUUCAAUAUUUUAUUUUAUAUAUAUAUUUUUGUGUGUGUAGAAUGGUGUGAGGAAAAGUGAUUUAAGUGAUUCAGUUUGUUUUGUUUUUUUUUUUGUUUUUUUCGUGUGUGUGUCUUCUGGAAAUUAGUCCAAAAAAAAGUGUAAUUUUUUUUUUUCCUUUUGGUUUGUUCGUUUUAGAUGACAAAAGUUUUAGACGACAAAAGAGAAAGAACAGUGCUACUUUUGCACACUUUUACUUCAAAAAUGCCUGUGCUUAAUAUGACAAUAUGAAAUUGUUUUGAAAAAUUGUUUUAAAAAUGUUUAAAAACAUUUUUUUUUUUUGCUUAAGAAAUGAAAUUCUACUAUUUUUUUCUCUUUUCGUUUUUUUUUUUUUUUUUUUUUUUUCGAUUCUUUCUUGCGUUGGUUUCAAAGGAAAUAUCUUUUUGUUAAGAGAAGCUUGAUAAGAGGACUGCAUUGUUGUUUUCUUGCAUAUAUGUUGCACUGCAUAAACCGAUAAGUGCACUACUGUUACCAGAGAUGUUCUAGUUUUUAGAGAAAAAAAUAAUCUUUUUUUUAUCUAAAUAAUGUUUCGUUUGUUUCUAGCGUUCACUUGUUCGUGUUCGAGUAGCUUUGUUCCUUUUUUUUUUUUUUAAAGAUGAUAAGAUGAUUCAAAGGUUUCUCCGCUUUUUUUGUUGUUAUUAUUGAUAUUAUUAUUAUCGCUUGCUGUUUGUAUGUAUUUAACUUGUGCUGUGUUUGUGCGAGCACUCGUUUCUUUUUCUUUUUUUCCUCUCGUUUGUUCGUUUGUUAAUUUGUUCGUUUGCUCACUCGUCUUUGUUUCCAUCAUAUAUUGUUUUUUUGUUCGUUUUUCGUUUUAUUAUUUUCUCCUAUUUAAAUCCGAACCAUAUUGUGUGAGCUUGUCCCCAUUGUUAGCCAUCUUAUUUGAUACGUAAAUGAUUCGUACGUUAUUGCGUUACUACUACUAUUAUUUUUAUAAUUAUUAUUACUAUUAUUAGUAUGAUAUAAUUUAUAAUUUCACCACUGAAUCCCCUUUCUGUCUCCCCACCAGCAGUUGCUGCAUUGCAUACGUCGAGACAGACAGAUUCUACCGUUGUUUUUCUUCCCGUAUGAUAAAAAAAAGCGUUCAUACCAAACUGAAUCCAAAACCAACAACAAAAAAAAAAAGUUUCGAGUUUUUGUAUCGUGUGCGUGUUUGAGCUUGAGCGUAACGCGUGUUUCUGAGAUCUAUAGUUUCUAUAGCAGGGUGAUCGUACGCAGCUUUCUUUCCGUGCUGUAGUAGAGAUUGUGAGUGUGUGUGUGUGCGUAAGUGUGUAUAAGUGUGUGUGUGUGUGUGUAUACCCCUUGGUGUCGGUGUAUGGUUAGUGGCGCCUGAACUGCGGGGCUUCCUUUGCAAUAUGCAGUGCAGGUACUUCUUUACUUAGUAGAGCAGCAGACGCAUGUUUCUCUCGCUGGCUUGCGAGUGUGAGCGCACUUACGACUUUCACAACAGCAACCGCAACUUUCGCAAAAACUACGUACAGCCAAACUUACGAACAAUCUCAUAAAACACCCGAAUUUCAUCCACACAAGAAAACAAGCGCAGGUUUGAGUUGUAUCGGCUGCGGUUGACUCUGGCCUGGCCUGGCCUCCAGAUAAAAUUAAUGAUAAAAUUAUCAAAUAAUCUGAUUUAUAAUAAUAAAAUCUGAUAAAUUACAGUGUGAACUAACGCACAGUCUUCAUAUAACACUGAGAAUACCAGUCAAAAGUUUGGAUGCAUCUUUAAUUUAGUGUUUUUUCAUUAUUUUAAAAUGUUCUGCAUCGCAGAUUAAUAAUAAAG